AGACGGAGGGAGAGAGAGGGAGCCCUUCGAAUUCAAAGGGAGAGCACAAUUUGUUGCCUCCCUUCGUCUUCGGGGCUUCGAGGAAGACGACUGAGAAGAUCGUAAUGAAAUAGCAUCGAACUCCGCGUUACUUCCGAGAUUCUGAGGAUCUGUUGACUAGGAAUAUUUUGCUUGAAUCUGGGAUUAUUGUUGUUGGAAGUAAAUAGAAAUGAAGAGCAAAACAAGCAUCAGCAGUUCAACAAGGAAACAGACUGGCCUUCUUGCGUGCUCUCGAUUGGAUAAAAUUGCCAAGGAUUCUCGAUGUCAACCUAAAGUACAUCAUCAGGCUAUUCUAUCAGAGGAUAAUUUAAUUACAAAUUCUGAUCCAUGUGUUCCAACUUCUAAUCAUGGCAUUGGACAUUCUGAAGCUGUUGGCCUUGCAGACGUUUUUCCUGAUGUGCCUCUGCUGUUUACCUCUUCAUAUCUACCAGAAAAGGCUUUGUCUCCUCCAUUAGAGCUUAAAGAAUGUAUGUGGCAAGAAUUACUUUUUAGUGGUCCAGUUAUAGGCUGUGAAUAUACUGCUUUACCAGAUUUGGUUUCUGAUGAUAGCGAUGAUAACAGUACCAUUUCAUGUCAUGAAAAGAAUUGCAAUUCAGAAAGUUUCCAUGUUACCAAUGGGAGUACUGUUGGACCUGUUGGUUUAUCUGCUGAGAAAGAUUUGUAUGAGCCUGUUAGUUCUUCUGUGGUUGGCUAUGAAUCUAUGAUUCCAGAGAUGGUGCCUGAUGCAACUGAGCAAUGCAUGCUACUCCCUUUUCUGGAAGAGAUUGUAGAAGCUAACAAAGUCAAAUCUAUUGAGGAAGCUCUAGUGAACUCUGAUGACACGUGCUUAUUUCUGGCAAUUCAGGAGGCCAUGUCAUCUCAGCAGACGAUAGACCAUAGCAGCUAUGAAGACCUUGACUAUAUGGAAUAUUUUGUUCCUGAACUAUUAAUCACGAAUUUUUCAGAACACUCUGAGGUGUUUCCUUCAUAUUUACCAGCAUCUCUUCCUUUGCAAAUUGGGAAAAGGAAGCCUAACACUCUGGUUCUAGAUCUGGAUGAAACAUUGAUUCACUCCUCUCUGGAGCAUUGUCCUGAAGCAGACUUCUCAGUUCUUGUAUGUGUCAACAUGAAAGAGCAUAUAGUCUACGUUCGCCAGAGGCCUCAUCUCCACACAUUCCUGGAGAGAGUGGCAGAGAUGUUUGAGAUUAUUAUAUUCACGGCUAGUCAGAGCAUAUAUGCAGAUCAGCUUCUGAAUAUAUUGGAUCCUGACAAGAAGAUCAUUUCUCAGCGUGUUUACCGGGAAGCUUGUGUAGUUUCAGAUGGUCACUAUGUCAAGGAUCUGACAGUUUUAGAACGUGACUUGGCAAAAGUUGUCAUUAUCGACAACACUCCUCAGGUCUUCCAGAUGCAAGUCAACAACGGAAUUCCUAUUCAGAGCUGGUUUGAUGACCCGACAGACUCCGCACUACUUUGUAUACUCCCCUUCCUAGAAAUACUUGCCUCUGUUGAUGAUGUCCGUCCUAUCAUUGCAAAUCGUUUCAGUACUCAGAACUGAUGAUCCUUAUAUCACCGUAGCUUCAUUUGCUUACUGUUCGCCUACCAACGAAACUCACCUAAUUCACAUACCUUUUAAAAAUUUAAGUUGUCUUCAUACUUAUCGACAACAGUUAACCCGUAUCUCGCUGUAUAUAACUUCACCUAACACAAGCUACAUGUCAUCCUAUUUCUCUUCCUUCCUGCCUUCUGUCAACUUUUGAGAUUCAGUCUGGAAGUUCUGGUGCAAUAAAGGAACUUUGGCAAGCUGGUUGCUGAAAUCAUUGGCUGGAAGUUGUGGCUUGCCCUUUUCAACGGGAAAAAUAUUGUUAUCUAGAGUUUUCUGUACAUACAAAUUUUGAUAGUAAUAAAAGUCUCUGGUUUUAGUUGCA